AACUUCUCUCUCUUCCUUAUCCUGUCCACCGGUGUAGUGCUCGUCCAACGCGUGUCCAUCAUCAAUCAUAACAUUUAUUAUUAUAAAGGUAAACCGUUUGCUGUGGAGGAAAUGUGGCGUGACGUCAUAUCGCUCGUGUGUUGCGUGUAGAGCACGUGCUUUUACGUCGCGCUUUCACGUGAUGAUAGCAACGGAGCCGGCGUCCAUAGAAACGGGCUUCGAUAAAUCAGCUCUCGUUCAAUAAAUGCUCGCUUUAUUCCUAUUGCACAAGCCGACUAUAACACAUAAAGCUGUGCUGUGUUUUUAUACAGUACAAACUCUCGGGUGAUGGUUUGAAGGUCACGGGCUGAUGGAGCUGCUGCCCGUUCUUGACCCGCAGGAGCGGCCGCAGAGCAGACACUGGUAUGUUGUGGUGCCCACAGGUGCCGGGCCUGGUGUUUGUGUGGGUCACACCUGCACAUUUCUGCCCUCAAGUGAUGGAGGAAAGGGACGGAUUGUAAUUGUUGGUGGAGCCAAUCCUGAUGGCAGCUUCUCUGAUUCUUACUUUAUCAAUCUAGAUACUCAUGAAUGGGACAUUCCAGACUGGGACGGGCUGCAGGCACGGUACGAACACUGCAGCUUUGUUCCCGAGAGCGACCCACAAAGUCUGUGGGUGUUUGCUGGAGCAGAGAAAAACGGGAACCGCAACUGUGUUCAAGUGUUGCGCACAUCAGCUGACGCUGAAGGCCGUGGUUUGUGGCAGACGGUCCAGGUGAAAGGAACGGCUCCGUCAGUCAGGACGUACCAUACAAGCUCAGCUUGUGUUGGAGACAGACUCUAUGUGUUUUCUGGAGGAGACGCUGGAGCUUCGCCUGUCAGCGAUCCACAGCUCCACGUCUUUGAUACGGUCAGUGCGACGUGGCUGCAGCCGGAGUGCAAAGGGACGCCUCCUGCGCCUCGACAGGGUCACGUGAUCACAGCCGUGGGUUCAGGCAUCUACAUACAUGGAGGAAUGGCAGGAGACAAGUUCCACAAUGACAUGUUCCUACUCAACACCGAAACUAUGAAAUGGGAGAAGGUGAGAGCUAAAGGCGACAUACCACCAGGAGUAGCAGCUCAUUCGUCUUUAACCUUUGGGAAAAACAUCUUCAUUUUCGGAGGAAUGACAGCAGACGGAGCCACAAACGCCAUGUAUAAGUUUCAGUGCGACAAACAGCGCUGGACGCGGAUGAAGUUUGACGGAGAUCUUCCUCCCAGCAGACUGGAUCACUCCAUGUGCGUAGUGCCGUGGCGUGUGAAGACGCCUGAAGAAUCACGUGAUGCAGAUGUGGUGCAUCUGUGCUUCAUCUUCGGAGGAAUGGACACUCAGGGCAUCAUAUUCAACGACUGCCUUGUUACUGUGCUGACGUGAACGCUGGCCUUUAAUAUUCAAUAAACCUCUUACAGCAGGUUUUAAUUGCAGAAAUUAUCAAAGUUCAGUUCAUUUCCUGAAAGUCUCUUGAUCCUGAAUUUGAAUCCGUUUUCAGCGUUAAAACUAUAAAACUAGAUUUUGUAAUUCUUCACCAUGUUAGGUGUACAUGUCAAAUGACAAAACAGGUGUCUAUGAGAAUUGAUUGUUUUUAUACUUGUUUGCUUGCUGGAUUUAUAUAAAUGUAAUCUGCGCAUUCAUUUUGACUUUGUACAUAUUUGAAAAAUUUCAAACUUCAAAAAAGUCAGUUGCAUUUCUUUAGUUUUUAUUGAAAACCAUCAACUAAAAAUAAAUAAAUAUUUUAUGUUUUACCCUUGUUGUAAGCAUUAACCAAAAUGCAAAGAGAAUGUGAACAUGGGAAAAUCUUAAAAUAUUUUUAAAGUUAAAAAAAAAUAUUUAUAGUUAUUCAUUUAGAAAUUAAAUUUAAAAAUAAAAUAAAAUUAAUAAAACUGAACAGAAAAUUAAAAAUAAAACUGAAAAGUCGUAGUGUUAAAUGUUUAAUAAAUUGGUUUAAAAAAAAAAAAAAAAAAAAAAAAAAAAAAAAAGCACCAUACCCUUAUUCCAAGUUUAAGUUCUUAUAUAAUAUUUAUAGAAUUUUUUUAUACAUUACUUAUUUACAUUUCAAACAAAAACACCAUUUCUGUGACAUUUAAACAUCAAAAGAGACACCCAACUAUGCUCAUUUUGU